GUGUUUAAUGCUGAUAAAAAUGCAACAGAUUCACUUCGCCUUGGCCUUUUUUAAAUUCCCAAUGAAGUGGACCGCGUCAGAUUACGUGGUGUGGUGUUUGUCGAAUCACGGCCGCGCUGCACUGCCUCCCUCCAGCCGCCGUCCUCCGCGAGAGGCACCGCGGCUCAACUAGACACGCACGUCGCCCAGCCUGGACCAUCUCUACCCGCCGCAUAAAACCCUGCCGCAAGGCCACUGCGGGAAGAUGGCGACAGACAAAACGAAACACGAAGGAAGAGUUAAGAUUGGACAUUAUAUUCUAGGUGACACGCUCGGAGUGGGAACAUUUGGGAAGGUUAAAGUGGGCCAACAUGAACUGACCAAACACCAAGUGGCUGUGAAGAUCCUGAACAGGCAAAAGAUCCGCAGUUUAGAUGUUGUGGGGAAGAUCCGCAGGGAGAUCCAGAACCUCAAGCUCUUCAGGCAUCCUCACAUAAUUAAACUCUAUCAAGUUAUCAGCACCCCCACUGAUAUCUUCAUGGUGAUGGAGUAUGUGUCAGGUGGAGAGCUCUUUGACUAUAUCUGUAAAAAUGGAAAGUUGGAUGAGAAAGAGAGCCGUCGCUUGUUCCAGCAGAUCAUUUCAGCCGUGGAUUACUGUCACAGACACAUGGUGGUGCACAGAGACCUCAAGCCUGAAAAUGUUCUACUUGAUGCACAUAUGAAUGCCAAGAUCGCAGACUUUGGGCUGUCAAACAUGAUGUCAGAUGGAGAAUUUCUGAGAACAAGUUGUGGUUCUCCAAACUAUGCUGCUCCUGAGGUCAUAUCAGGAAGAUUAUAUGCUGGACCAGAGGUGGAUAUCUGGAGCAGUGGGGUCAUUCUCUAUGCUUUGCUUUGUGGCACUCUUCCCUUUGAUGAUGAUCAUGUGCCAACACUCUUUAAGAAAAUCUGUGAUGGGAUCUUUUUCACACCACAGUAUCUGAACCCCUCGGUCAUUAGUCUGCUCAAACACAUGCUGCAGGUCGACCCCAUGAAAAGGGCCACCAUCAAAGAAAUUCGGGAGGACGAGUGGUUCAAGCAGGAUUUACCAAAGUACCUGUUCCCAGAGGAUCCUUCCUAUAGCAACAACCUCAUUGACGAUGAAGCCUUAAAAGAAGUAUGUGAGAAGUUUGAGUGCACAGAGGAAGAAGUUUUGUCCUGUUUAUAUAGCCGGAACCAUCAGGACCCACUUGCCGUUGCGUACCAUCUUAUCAUUGACAAUCGUCGAAUAAUGAGCGAAGCCAAGGAUUUCUACCUUGCCUCUAGCCCCCCUGAUACCUUCUUGGAUGAUCAGCACUUUGGUGUGGUUAUAAAGCCCCACCCCGAGCGUGUGCCCUUCCUUUUGGCAGAGACGCCUCCAAGGCCUCGCCACACUUUGGAUGAACUUAACCCACAGAAGUCCAAACACCAAGGGGUCAGGAGAGCCAAGUGGCAUCUGGGUAUUCGCAGCCAAAGCAGACCCAAUGACAUCAUGACAGAAGUGUGCCGUGCCAUGAAACAGCUGGACUACGAGUGGAAAGUUGUGAAUCCAUUCUAUUUACGUGUGAGAAGAAAGAAUCCAAUUACUGCGAUGCAAACCAAGAUGAGCCUACAACUUUACCAGGUGGACAGCAGAACCUACCUCCUUGACUUUCGUAGCAUAGAUGAUGAUAUUUUGGAAACAAAAUCUGGAACUGCUACCCCUCAUCGGUCUGGCUCUGUGGGCAACUAUCGCACCACUAUGAAGACUGAUGUAGACGGGGCGGAGGCCCCUGGCACUUCUAGCACUGUGCACCCUCUCAAGGUAGCAGAGGGCUCUUUAGCGUCAUCACUGACUUCAUCCACUGACUCAACGGGAGCAGACAAUGCGACUAUACCUCGACCUGGAAGCCACACCAUAGAAUUCUUUGAGAUGUGUGCUAAUCUUAUUAAACUACUUGCACGAUAGCUUACAAAACCUAUUGCUAGCCUUUUCCUAUUAGUGUCUUUACAGCAAUAAGCAUGCAACCAUUUAAUGGCUCAGCUCAUCCUGAGGAUGAAGCAGGUGGAUGUCCCAGAGCUGACAGGAUACAGUGCUUGCAGAAACAUAACAUUCUGUCAGAUGAACAACAAGCUUAAUAUAAGCUUAGACAGGUCAGUCAGCAACUGUCCACAAAUUUACACUGAAUUUGCUGCACUACCUGUGAGCACUGCUAUUCAGUACAACAUCCAGUGUUGUCAGCAGAGAGAGGUUUACAACAGAGAAUUGGGAAUGAGGCGCUAGAUGUAUAGGAUACAGGAAGCACUUUUGCACAAAUGUCUUUUAUUUCCUGCUGCUCUUGUUCAUUUGUCUCAGUGGAGAUGAGAGUAGUGGUGCAGUUGUGUUGGGGCACUGCUGAGGUAAGUCAAGAGUUACCCACCAAACUCUUGGACAUUACAGACCGGCAGAUGCCCCUGUAUUUCAUGUGUGAGUCAGGGACAAAAGAAUGCUUCAUCACUUUUGUUUCUCUUAUGUAAAUUUGAGCUAUCAUGCUAAAUUUCCAUGAUGUCCUUGUUGUAAAAUGUCUCUCCCUUAAAUUUUUUUAUAUAUAAAGACAUGGAUAUAUUUAUCAGUGCGUGCAUUGGUUCCAUUGGAAAAUAUAACUUUUUUUUCCACCCUUACAUUUAUAUCUAUUGCUGGAUAAUAUGUAAUAUCUUUUUACUGUGUCUUUUUAAUCAUUAUUUUGUUUCUUCAAUCACAUUGAUUUGUCAUACUUGAUUUUCUGUCCAGACAAUUUAGACUGAUUUUACAAUUUAAAGGUGUUUUCUCUGACCAUCAGAACCCAUAUCAUUAAGAGUCCAAUUAAAAUUACAUUUUGAUUGAGCUUUUUUGUUUUCACAUUUUUGUCUUUAAUUCUCAUUGAAUUUGAGACAUGCCUUUGCUUAUAGUCUUGUUAUUUUUUAAGAUUGACACACCUUUGAACAAUUAAAAAUGUUUAAAACAGAAAAACAACCAUUUUAAGAUUGUAAAAGGUGUCUUAUGUUGAUUGUGCCAUUAUAACAGAAACACAGGCAAAUAGUCCCGAAAGCUUGUAGAGCAGCAAUAAUAUUUUGUCCCAUUGUUCUGUUUGUUAUUGAGGUUCAGUCAUGCGAUCCAUGUUUUUGUUGGGCUUAGAGAAAUGGCAACAGUUGAUAAAAGUUUUUUCUAUGUUUUCAAGUCUUAACUUUCAGGUUCACAUGUAACAACAAUGCUUCCCUAAGAAUUUAUGCGUCUCUCCAUCACAGUGCAUUAUUCCUGAAUUAUUUUAAACACAAAAUUAUUGGUGUUUAUGGAGUUAUAAAACGUUUAUUGUUAAUUAAUGCUCCUAUAAAGUCAGAACUUGCUACAAUUGGUAAUUUUAUGAUCAUAUACACAAAUAGCUGCCUUGUAUUUCUUAUCGACAGCAUUUCUUUUCCAAGUCAGAGGCGUUGUUCAUUGGCACUGAAUAUAAUCUGUUUCUUAUUCUAAACAAGAAUUAAAAGUUGAAAUAACUAAUUAGGAGGUGAAACAAGUGGUUGCCCAUUGCCUUUGAAAGCACAACUAUAUUUGUGUUCAGUCUUGUUAUUAAUAUAGGGCUGGGCAUUGACUAUUUGAUUAAAUUCUAAAACAUUUUGGUUUUUGUAUUGUUUGUUAAGCAUUAAACAGUGGGAACAGUGACUGCUCAUGAAUGUCUGACAUUUUAAGUUAACAAAAUAGUGUAAGUUGGCUUGAUCUAUUACUAAAGGGACCUUACAUGAUUGUCCAGUGUAAAUUUUAAGUGACAGUGUUGAUAAAAUUUGUAUUUGCGAUGCCUAAUAAACUUCUGAACAACUCAUCUA